AUGUCCUAUGGAUCUAAGGGUCAGAGCCAGUGGACGACCAAGGACUCGUGGCAGUCCGACAAGUGGAAAGGCCAAUCCUGGAAGCAAGGCGACUGGCAGCAAAAGAAUAGGAGAGGGUCAGCCGGUAACGCCUGGGCCCCUCUGAUCUUGCAGACAGGGAGGUUCGAUCAGGGGCGGUCGUCGACCGACACCUUGGAUCUGCCAGACGCAGAAGAAGCCACAGAGGAGGACCUGUCCCGCCAGGCCCAGCAGGACGUUGAAAGGGAAGACCAGGCCUAUUCGGCGUCAGUCUGGAAGGAGGCCAUCGAGCGGGCCCACCACUCGGUGGAUCGUCCCCCGAGUGCCAGGGAGCUGGUCCAAAUGGGGAGGCUCAAAGAUUUCUGGAGCAUGACCUGGACCCAGGCGCGCGGGGAAGUCUCGGCGGACUCCGUGGAAGCCUGCAAAAGGGCCCUGAAUGAGGUCGCCAUCUCAAUGCCCGACCAAACCUUCCACAGGCUUGCAGCAGUGCUUGCAGCCUUCAUGGACGGAGGGAGAUCCCCCAUGGGCGAGGAUGGCAAGCUGCGCGCCAUGCGCACCCGCAUGCCAGGUGCAGAAGGGGUCAUCAUCUCGACCAUGAUCACAGGCCCAAGUUACACCAAGUGUGAUGACCAUAGGCAUGACCUGGUCAUGGCCCACGGCACUGGUUUUGUCCACGCGAUAGGCAUCGGGCUCCAUGGAGAGGUUUGCCCGAACGAUUCCAAGCCGGAGGACUACCCCAGAUUCGGAUUCAGUGGGCGAGGGACGCUGGAGGCGCCAGACCCCGCCACCAUUGAGGCGGCCUUUCAAAAAACGGUCGCCCACUCCAAAGGCCCACAGGGAGUCAUUUUCGUGUAUCAGGGCGAGCUUGAGAAGCCCACCCACACAACCGAAGGUGGGGUGGCGGUCCGUCAAAGACGUGGGCUCCGCGUGCAGCGGACAGCACAUAAUCCUCCCUCCACCCCAAGCACGCGAUUCUGCGUGCCAUCGGCUGCACGUGGCCGGCCUAGAUGA